UGCAUUUGACAACAUGUUAUGUCAGUUUCGUGUGUUUUGCUUUCACUGUUGGAUAUUAUCAUCACACCUAUAAACCAAGGAAAACAUCUUGAAUUAGUUUUAAAAAUUAAAAUUGCGGAUCUUCCAAUCAAUUAUAAUAUGAGUUAUCAAGACGAAGAAGAGCAAAUAGGCUAUCAGGUUGGUUCGUUUCCUAAGGAUUUUGGGUAUGGAAACUUUGAUCACGAUGACGGCACAUCGCGCUCUAGCGAUGAUAAACCUAGAAUAUUGCUGAUGGGACUUCGUAGAUCGGGGAAAAGCUCUAUACAGAAAGUGGUUUUUCAUAAAAUGUCUCCAAAUGAAACGCUUUUCCUAGAGUCAACCAACAAGAUUGUCAAAGAUGAUAUAAAUAACAGCAGCUUUGUUCAAUUUCAAAUUUGGGAUUUUCCCGGACAGAUUGAUUUUUUCGAUCCCACAUUUGAUUCUGAUAUGAUUUUCGGUGGAUGUGGUGCACUCGUGUUCGUUAUUGAUGCGCAAGAUGAUUACAUCGAAGCGCUGGCGAAACUCAAUCAAACCGUGACGAAGGCUCAUAAAGUCAAUCCUAGAAUAAAAUUUGAAGUUCUUAUACAUAAAGUUGAUGGAGUUAGCGACGACUUCAAAAUGGAAUCACAGCGAGAUAUUCAUUCGAGAGCAACUGAUGAUUUAGCAGACUCUGGUCUGGAAGGAGUACAUUUAAGUUUUCAUUUGACGUCUAUUUAUGAUCAUUCGAUCUUUGAGGCGUUCUCAAAAGUGGUUCAAAAAUUAAUUCCUCAACUUCCAACGCUAGAGAAUUUGCUGAAUAUUUUCAUAUCGAACUCUGGAAUUGAAAAAGCUUUUCUGUUUGACGUCGUUUCUAAAAUCUACAUUGCGACUGACUGCUCACCUGUGGACAUGCAAAGCUACGAGUUAUGUUGUGAUAUGAUCGAUGUUGUAAUAGAUUUAUCUUGUAUCUAUGGCUCAAAAGAUGAUCCAGACGUUCCUGCAUUCGACAAUCAAAGUUCUAGCCUGAUUAAAAUGAAUAAUAGUACGGUGUUAUAUUUGAGGGAAGUAAAUAAAUUCCUCGCACUUGUUAGUAUAAUUCGGGAAGAGAAUUUCUCCCGGCAGGGAGUUAUCGAUUAUAAUUUCCUAUGCUUCAGAGAAGCUAUCUCACAGGUUUUUGAAUUGAGGAUGAAAAAUCAGAAAAUGGAAUCCGCAGAACAAAAUCAGGCUCUUGAGAACGAAUAUCAUGAAUCGGUUUCAUUAAACGGCAAUGCUUCUCAAGCAUUAGAACAUCAUUUGAAUAACACACUUGUGUCUUAGACCAGUGUCCGUUUUAUUUAAUUUUUAGAUCCUGUAUAUCUGAGCUUGAUUUUAUUGAUAUAUUUUAUUAACUGUCCGAAAUAAAGUUUACAUGUUACUUUUUGUUUCUAUUGCGCUAAA